CAGCGCGCGGGAAACAAGUUAAAAUAUGGAGGUGGAUGUCCGCGGAGAGCUCGACGAAGAGGCGGACAAUAUCCUUCCGUCGACUUUAAAAUUGUACGAGACACAGUUUUUCGGCUUCACCCCGCAGACAUGCAUGCUGCGGGUCUACAGCGCCUUCCAGGACUGCCUGUACGACAUCUUACCCGUCGUGGAGAAGGUGUGUGUGAGGCAGCUCGGCAAAGGCGAAUCGUCCGAGGCCGAGGAGCUCCUCCGGUCCCGGGCCAGGGAGUGCAGCCGGAAGCUGCAGCAGUUCCUCGAGGAGCGGUUCAAGCAGCUGUCGGAGCGGAUGGAAGCGCUGCUGGCCGGCCGCUGCUUCUCCGUGCCGACGAAUGUCCUCCUGCCCGAGGACCAGCUCCACAAGACCUACCCCCAGCACAUACAGGAGGUGCUGAGGCUGGAGUCGUCCCUGGCUGACCUCCAGAGAGCCUACGAAGCAGAAGUGUGUGCCCGGCAGGCCCUGCUCGCUGAGCUGGAGGAGCAGAGGGAGGUGCAGAAACAGCUGGACGGGAUCCUGACGUGGGUCAGGGAGCUGCAGGCGGCCUGGGUGAAGGAAGGGAACGGCAGCUUCCAUGAAAGUUUCCGGCUGGUGAUGGAGUCCGUUAAGAAGCUGCAGGAUGCCGUCGGGGAGGUCUGCAACAAGGCUGUUUAAUUUUGUACACGGAUGAUUAAUCACCAAUGAAUUCAUGAAACAAUGUAUGUAAAUAUUAUAGAACAUCAUUCAAUACUUUUCCUCAAGGCUUCUGGUGAGACCUUCAGCCAACGUAAAAACAGUUUUUAUCUCGUUGAACAGUUAGUUUCUGCCGCUGUUUGUCAAGAAUACGACGUUCAUCCCCUGUGAAAAGAAGACAAAGACAAUAAUUUCCAAAUGUGCUUCAUGAACAUCUAUCAUAAUUGAAUUAGUAACUACACAACCGCAAUGUCAGUACAAUACAAAUGUAUUGUAAAUAAUAAAGCAAGUCUUAAUUGUUUCAUUGUAUUUCACUGGAUGGCAUGUGAUUGUUGAGGUGCUUAUGAUAUUGUGUCCAUCGUCUGGAGAGCUCCUGAUGUGCGAUGCAGUGAUACCCAGCAGAGGGCACUCUCUGCAUGUUAACCUCAC